ACAAUUGUAAGGAAGUGGGGCAUUGGAAGUACAACUAUCCCAGGAAAAGAGGGCAAUAGAAGAACCAUGGUUAAGUUGUCGUGGCAGAAGUGGACAACAGUUCUGAAGACGAUCUCGCCUUAGCUGUAGAUAAGAAUGCACAUCUUGGUGAUGUGUGGUUUCUGGAUACUGCAGCCUGAUACAUAUGUCUUCGAACAAGGAUUGCUUCACAACCUACGAGCAGAUGGUGGCAACGUGGUCAUGGAAAAUGGAGCUGCCUGCAAGGUUAUUGAAAUCGGGUCCAUAAAGGUUCGGAGACAUGAUGGUUCGCUAUGUACCGUGAAUGAUGUCAGGCAUGUUCCAGGAAUGAAAAAGAACUUGAUCUUCUUGAGUCUACUCCACAGCAAGAGUUUCAGUUUCAAAGGAAAAGGUGGAGUUGUGUUUGUCUGCAAGGGUUUGAGGAAGGUACUGAAAGGCAUGGAACGUGGUACUUUGUAUGCAUUACAGGGGAAUGUGUUGUCAGGUUCUACUGCAGUUGCAUCGUCUUUGGUUCAUCAGGAAGAUAUGACCACUGUUUGGAACAUGAGACUGGGUCAUAUGAGUGAACGGGGGGAUGCAAGUUCUGUCAAAGAGGGAUCUUCUUUGCGGGCAUUGUGUGUUUGGGAAGCUACAUCGCAAAUAAGGGUAUCCAUCGGACGAAGGGGAUACUAGAUUACCUCCACUCCGACUAUUGGGGUCCUUCACAAGUUGAAUCCAUUGGAGACAACAAGUAUUUUGUAUCUAUUAUUGAUGAUUAUUCGAAAUUUACUUGAAUUUUCAUGAAUGGUCAAGAAUGGUCUGGAGUUCUGUAGUUUUGAGUUCAACGAAUUCUGCAAGGAUGAAGAGAUACACCCCAGCAAAAUGGCGUUGCAUAAAGGAUGAACCAAACAUUGCUGGAGAGUGCACAGUGCAUACUCUCUAAUGCUGGACUAGAGAGAAAAUUUUGGGCAGAAGCAGUAAACAUGACGUGCUUCCUGAUCAAUCGUGGACCUCACACAGGUAUCGAGUGUAAGACUCUUUAUGAAGUGUGGCAUGGUAAGGCUACUGAUUACUCUUCACUGAAAUUUUUUGGGUGUUCUGUUUAUUAUCAUGUGGAUGAGGGUAAACUGAACCCAAUGGCAAAGAAGGGUAUAUUUGUAGGUUACAGAGUUGGAUUUAAGGGAUUUCGAGUCUCGUAACCUUCUGAGCAUUGAGUUAUACUCAGUAGAAAUGUGAUAUUUGAUGAAAAGUCUAUGUUUAACCUCAUGUUGAAGGUACCAGGAAUGUUGAUAAGCAGGUGGAGCUACAAAAUCUCAAGGAGAGUGAGUUUGAGCACCAAGGUGGAGAAGAUCAACAUUCUGAGGAUGUUUCCGCAGAGCCAGAAACUUCAGAGUCCAGUGCACGAGAUCAACAGUCUAUGGCUUACGAUAGACCGAAGAGAGCGAAUGCAAGAAUACCUGUAGAGUUAUGGCUUUGAGGAUAUGGUGGCGUAUUCAUUUCAGGUUGCUGAAGAAGCGGAUGUAGGUGAACCACUAUCCUAUAGAGAAUUCGUUUCAUGUGGCGAAGCUAGUCUAUGGCUUGCCACAAUGGGAGAUGCGAUGGAAGAUGAGAUGAGAUAGCUUGCCCAAUGGGGGAUGAGAUGGAAUCCCAUGACAUGAAUCAGACUUGAGAGCUAGUCAAAUGACCACAUGGUAGGAAGAUUGUUACAAACACGUGGAUCUACAAGAAGAAGGAAGGAAUCACUUAUGUAGAGGGCAUUAAAUUUAAAGCUCGGGUGGUUACACGAGGCUUCUCACAGAGGGAAGGAGUUGACUACAAUGAGAUUUUCUCACCAGUGGUCAGACAUACUUUGAUUAGGGUGCUAUUAGCAAUAAUGGCACAUUAUGACU